GCCAGCGUGAGCGUUAUCAUGAAAAAUGGCCGAAGAGGAACAUUCGUUUCUAGACGGUGGCCGAGAAAACUCACUUUUGUGCAAAAAUGAUCCACCAGCGCCAACCUAUUGCUGGAAAGACAUCACGAAGGAGUUCAGGGAAGCCACCAGGGAGCUUGAACUGGGUGAGCUCGUCCACGACGAAAUGUUCACCCUCUUCGAAGCCAUGUCUGCGAUUGAGAUGAUGGAUCCGAAAAUGGACGCUGGAAUGAUGUGUAACUUUGGCAACAAGAAAGUGAUGAAUUUUGACCAGGCUCUGAGUGCGGGUGUGCUUAAGAUAGCCGAUUUGAGCCCGGCAGAACACAUCGGCAUAAUCGACUCGACACUUGCCUGUCUUGUAACGUGGCUGGAAGGCCACUCUUUGGCACAGACCGUGUUCACUAACCUCUACUUGCACAAGCCACACCAGGUCGAGGACAAGGUGAUGAAGGCUUUUUCCAUCUGUGUCCUCAAGAUGGUCGACAUGAUUAAGAACUUCGUCACCAAGGCCGCUGUGUUCGAGGAAGAAGACUUCCAGCCAGUUGUGUAUGGUUUCAAAUUGGCCUGGGACGUCACCGAAGUCCGGGCCGCAGGAAUGAUGAAGGAAGUCGAGGACGAACUCUCAAAGAAAGUAAAGGCAACCAGGGCAAAGCCAGGAGAAGAGAUGGAUUCGGCGCAACUGGCCUGCCAUGAAGAGGCCGUGGCAGUUUACUCAAGAAUCAAGUUCUGCCGUUUCUUCCAGCAGGCACUGAUCGUUUUUAACAAAAAGGGAAGCGACGGCGUCGAAGAAGUGGAGCGCCUUCUUCAGCAGUGCCUUGAGGUUCUGCCCGUUCUGCGGCGGACCAUCGCACAAGGUGUGCAGCCCGACCCCAAUGCGGAAGGAACCAACCGCGCCGACUACCCAACGGUGAUGGGAUUCGAGCCGUUGGUUAACCAGAGGCUACUUCCGCCUACUUUCCCCCGUUACACAAAAAUAAAGCCACGCGAAGACACUAUGGACUACCUGGAGGCCUUGAUCGGUCGGCUGCGACAUGUGUGCCGCAUCGUGGACUGCUCCUCGUUUCACUCGGCCAUCGACUUCCUUGGCGAGUUUAGCAAGACCUGGCCUUGUGUCCUGUCGAGGUCCGUGGUACAGCUAUUGUACUUGCCCUGCCCGGGCAAGGUUCUUGGCAAUUUGACCAUGGUGGAUGUUCUCAAGGACUCAGUCCGUACUUUCAUCCGGCCACCCGUGCUGUCGCAGCGAGGCAAUAAUGCCCUUGGCAACCAUCCGCAUGCCCGUGAGCUUGUUGAUGCUUUCCUCAACCACUGUGUGCGGCCCUUCACCUCAAUGGUGCACAUAAGUGGCCACAACAGGGCACGCCAGCGAGACAAAUUGACACACCUUCUGGAGGAACUUGCUGUGCUGCAGGAUGAAGCCGAUCGCCUCGACACAGUGCUGCACAGCAUCUCGCUCAAAAUGGAGUCAUCCCUGCCUCACCAACCUCAACAGCAGCUGGCUUGCUUCACCACUUGGGUGUUGCACCAUGUUCUUCGCACCAUGAUUCGCUAUCUUCUCUCAGGCUUUGAGCUUGAACUAUACUCUGCACAUGAAUAUGGUUACAUCUACUGGUAUUUGUACGAGUUCCUCUAUGGCUGGAUGAUCUCGGCACUUUCGCGUGCUGAUGCAUUCCUGAUGGAACAGGAGGCACGUGCUGAACAGCAACGCACUGGACGCCCUGUGAAGAAAGGUAAACGCCGCAAGAAACCUUGCCCCCACAGCCGUGAAAUCUUCAUAAGCCAGGCAUAUCAGAAUUUAUGUGGUGGCUAUUACAAGACCCUGGCAGGCUUCACACUGGAUGGCAAGUUGCGGAGGCCAUGCCCAGAGUUUGACAAGGAAAAGGUUCGCUAUGAACAUCGUUUUGCACCCUUCAAUAGCAUCCUGACUCCGCCUCCUGUACAGUAUGCUCAGUACAAGGAGAUGACUGAUCCAUACAAGUAUCAACCACCUCCAACGCCAGAGGACAUGUACUUGGCAGCGUGCAAGUGCUUCCAGAAUGCGCGUAUGUUGCUCGACAAUGUGCCUGACCUCAACAGUGAACUGACUAGUGUAAUGAAAGUGGCCAAGACAAACUUUGUUGUUGUGAAACUCCUGCUGAGUGGCCACAAGAAGGAUUCUACAAUCUUGCCGGAAUUUGACUUCAGCCAGCACAAGAAUUUUCCCAUCAUCAGAAUUUGAAUGACAACAUUGUGCACAUUUCAUUUUUGACACCAAUGUACUUCACUGCUCCAAGUGUGGCUGCACCUCAUGGGAACUGCUCAGGUCAUUUGUGAUUUCAGCAACACUUGUUGGUUGUACUGGUAGCAUCACUUUUACAGCAGAAAAAUGGCACCUCGUGUUCACAACAUGAGCACACUUUAUGAGGAUCAUAAACAUUGUGAUUUGUGCUCUUUAAGCAAUACUUGUGACAUUUGCAAAAGACUUGGUUUGUUACAAAUGAGGUAAUCAAAGUUUGGAACUUUCUACGCUACAAAGAGAUGAAUCUGAGAGUUCCAUGUGUAUACCAACAUUGCUGAAUACUUCCAGUCAUAUAGCACAUUACGAACGCAUAUGUCUGCAGUUAAGUAAAACAUCCUGGUACUCUCAGGUUAGUCACAACUUUUAUUGCUUGCAUUAAACAAACGCCUGAAACCUCGUAAUCGUAGAAAAAUACUGGCAAGCUUCAGAGUACCUUAAAUAAUUUAUGUUUGAGUUUUAUUUCCCAAGUGGGUGUGUGUCGCAACGUCAUGACAAAGAAGGUCGUCACGUGAGAACAGAACAUCGCAACAUUUUGGCAUUUGCUUCUGCUUGCUGGGUCGUCUUUUCUGUUGCUACUUGUUGCACGGCCCAGUGUCACAGCACAGAAAACGCCCAAGCAAGUAAGAGCGAGUGUCAAAACGUCACAAUGUGCUCCCCCCAUGACAACCUUCUUCAUUAUGACAUCACGACAUGUGCACUUCCUGAAAAAUUAAAUUUUGAUUUCCCUCAUAGUUACAUAGCAGCCUGGGAGAGGGGAUGCAGAGCAAAAAGCUGCUUGAUGCAGCUUGAAGCAAUGAAACCAGCUUGUGGUGCAUAGAAAAGCCAUUUUAGUAAAUCAUUUAGAGUGCUCAGAAGCUUGCCAGCAUGUUUUCUGCGGUAUGCCUGGGGGCUUCAAAUAAUGCGAAAAAUUAAUAUUUUAAAAUGUCAUGCAGAGCAUUGGCAGACCUGAACCUAACACACUACAUAAUAUGCGCAUGCUGUCUUGUGUCAGUUUACUACUGCCUUGUGGUAGCAUUGGUGUUGACUUCCUGCUAAUGUGUGUUACAGAAUGUUAGCUAUGCUGUAGGUCCAAAGUAGUUUUCUCAGAGUGCCAAGUUCACACUAAUUUGGCACACGUAAAACCGUGAGCCAUGUCAUCAACUGAAAUUAUAAUGAACUGCCAGAAGUCUGUGCAAACAGUGCGUUUCUAAGUACAGUGGCACACAUUGUUAUUCAAACAUAACAUUUUUUUGAAGGUCCAUCACUCUGCUGUACUAGUUGUAAAUAUUGUUUUCAUCUGCAGAACAGUAUAGGUCCUGGCAUUGUGUCAUACUUAAACAAAUGUCAUUGUUACAAUAACAGAGACAAAGGGGUUAGAUGAAAACGUUUUAUUUAAAAUAAAGCUUCUUUCCAAUUGUGC